GUACCGAAAGAAGGCUCUGCAGUGGCACCCAGACAAGAACCCAGAUAAUAAAGAGUUGGCUGAGAAAAAAUUUAAGGAGGUGGCAGAGGCCUAUGAAGUACUAUCUGACAAACACAAACGAGAGAUCUAUGACCGCUAUGGCCGGGAAGGGCUGACGGGGGCAGGAAGUGUUCCCUCUCAAACAGAAACUGGUGGCGUGGGACCUGGCUUCACAUUCACUUUCCGCAGCCCCGAGGAAGUCUUCCGGGAGUUCUUCGGGAGUGGAGACCCUUUUUCAGAGCUCUUUGAUUUCUCCUCGUCGUCUUUCUCCUUCAGUCCCGGGGCUGGUGCUUUUCGUUCUGUCUCUACAGCUACUACCUUUGUCCAAGGACACCGCAUCACCACACGCAGAAUCAUGGAGAAUGGGCAGGAGCGGGUAGAGGUGGAAGAGGACGGACAGCUGAAGUCAGUCACAAUCAAUGGUGUACCAGAUGACCUGGCACUAGCCUUGGAGCUGAGCCGUCGUGAGCAGCAACCUUCAGUCUCCUUCAGGUUGGGGAGCACACAGGUCCAGCCGACGACUCCUGUCUUCCGUCCCCUUGGCAGCAGCCCUUCUGAGGAUGAGGACCUACAGCUUGCCAUGGCCUACAGCCUGUCAGAGAUGGAAGAAUCUGGGCAGAAGCCAGCAGGUGGGCGGGGGGCACAGCAACGAUGGCAGGGGCGGGGAAAGGCCCAGCAGCAAGACCUUAAUAUGGGAGGCACGCAUAAGGGGGUGAGGUGGGAACCGACCAAACCCAGCCCAUCCUCAGAGGAGAAGGCCUCUCGUUGCCUUAUUCUCUGAAAACCAGGCCGAGCCUGACCUGAUUCAGGUUCUGACUCAGAGUCCAGCUUACUGGGAAAUGCAGAAUGGAGUGUGGCCUGAGUUGCAGGAUCCCAAAUUCUGUCCCUCCACAAGUUUCCCUGCCAGGCCCACUAUCCUAUAGUGUGGACUGGGGAUUUAUUGUGCUCUGUCCAGUGCUGAUAAGUCCCUGGGUAGAUCCCAGGAUUGGGGGCAACAGAGCCAUGGAAGGGCCUGUGGAGCCCAGAGGCACUGGUUGGAUCAGGCAUUGCUGAGGGACAUUAGUGGGACUUUUGUGCCUGUCUUCUGCCAUCUAUGUUGCUGAUGUUGUCAAGGAAGGAGGACUUGACCUGCCAUGCUCUGAGCUCAAGUUGGCAGUUCCCCCAGGGAGCAGCACAGGCUGAGUGGAGCCUCUGCUGUCCUUGCCCAGCUGAGGGCCUCCUGGGUUCUGUGGAGAAGAGUUCUCACCUGUCGUCGUCUCUGUCUCCCCUCUGGUGCUGCUCUCCUCCUGCUCUGCUCUCUGCAACAACCUGUGACUGCGUUGCUUGCUUUUGCUGCUGCUUGGCUAGGACUCCCUCCUCCUCCUCCUCCUACUCCUCCUCUUUGAAGCCUCAGUGUGCCCAGGAAGAUGCUGGGGCCAGUGAGGCCGUGAGAUCUUCUGGGGAGGCUAGCUAGGUGGGUUUGAAGCCUCUCGGCCCUCCAGAGUCUCAACCAGAGUCAACUCCUCUUCCCUCCUCCUUGCUGCCUCAGCCUGCCAUAGGACUAGGCAGAGGUGAGGCUGGCUACCCUUGGAGAGGUGGGAUAGGGCCAGGGUGACGCAGUGGGAGGCCCUAGGUGGGGACUAUAUCUGUAUUAUUGUCCAUCAUGCAUCAGAGCUCAGGGGCUGGCCACAGGGUUUGGCCUCGGUUGUGCAUGCUCGGCUCCAUCCUCCAUCUGCUUGCAGCUGACCCUCUCUCCUGUCACCCACCCCUGCUCUCUCCCCAGAUGUGUUCUGAGCUGGAUAUCCUGGAUACAGAGUUGCUGCAGUUCCAACAGGACAGCGCCCUCCCCCAUGUGCUAGGAGGGAAUACUCUAUCUCUCUCCCUCACUUUAGCUGAGUGUAGGGCUGGGGCCUGGGUGGUGGGUGGGGACUGAGUGGGAGGCACCCAUAGUCUUAGCCUCUGAACUCUCUCCCCUGGGUGCUUAGUGCUGUGUCUUGCAGAUUACAAGUCCCAGAGUGCAAUGCACCCUGGCCUCGUUUCUGAUAGCUCUUAUCCCAGGGGAAGCGGUGCUCUAUUAUAAAGCUGGGCUUCUUGGGAUAUGUAGUUCCAAACCUGACAAGUCUGUCACUCUCUGACUGGGGAGAUCUUGUCUUUCAUCUUGUCCCUGGGCAGGGGUGGUGAGAAUUGUGAGUGAUGGAGAAAAGACCAGAACUUUGGUUCCUCUAAUACUUCUUGCUAGACCCAGGUUGGAGUGAGCAUACCCAAGUCCCGUAGCAUCUGAGAGGGCGUUUCCCUUGGGCAGCCUGGGGUUCAAGGACUAAGCUAGUGGAUGGAGUAGGUAUGGCAUGGUCCUGGAAGGCUGGUGGCUGUGGGCUGGCAGAACAUGGGAGAGAAGGCUGCCUUGGCUGGAGUGUGUAUGGCGAAGACUGGCAUGCCAAGGGAGUGUUGGACAUAUUGCUUGAAUGGCUUUCUUUGGCCUCUGACCUUGCUGCCCAUUCUUUCCAUCAUCCUUCACCCUCCAUGAGCCACCUGUCUGCUGGGGAGUCCAAGGCCAAGGGGGGAUUGGUGGGACAGGCUGUGGCCAGCUUCUGUAACCCCGAGUCUCUGAGACCCACCAAAGCUAGAUGAACUGAGCUCAGACUCAGGGAAAAUGGAAGCCAAUAAAGUUGAGUUUUGAGAACUUA